AUGGCAGUGGAUUCGCGAUUAAUCACCGCACACGGCGCCACGGAGCAUUCAGCGGAGCCCGCGUUGCUCCCGACAUCCUCCACGUUCUUUUCUUCCAACAAAUCCGCCGAUUCCUCCUCGUCGCCGUCCACCUCUUCGUACUCCUCGAACGGCAGCACUGCCAAGGCCUAUCAAGAGGUCCCUAUCUACCGCACGACGGACGCGGCGCCACUGCCCGAAGCGCCCUCUCCGUCCUUUAGUCCGUUUCGGACCGCGCCGUACAGCGACCGCUUUAUUCCCAGCCGCUCGUCGUCGCUCGCCUUCUCUUUCCCGCUCCUCGACCGCCCCGGCGACCCUCCGCAAACGUCGCACGGUUUCGGCGCGGGCCCCGAGGGGCGGGAGGACAGCGCAGCGGCGUACUCGCUGUUGCUCAAGUCGCAACUGCUCGGCGGGCAGCUUUCCGCGCCGCCUGCGCUAGGAUCGACGGCCAACCAGUCGCUGGUGACGCCAGUUGCAUCCCGCUCACCUCUCGUGCAUGUGCCCUCCCCUCGAAUUGCCCGCCUUCCCCUGUGGCCAUCCCCGCGUCCACCCCGCGGCCAACCUCCGUGUCCUCCCGCCCGCUUCUCCGCUCCUCGCCGCCUCUCUCCACCGCCCCCCCACUCCGUUACCGCCCUUUCGCGCCUCCCGCCCCCGCAGGUGCUGAACGCGGCAGACGAUUGUUAUCCGAACGUCGUCGAACCUCCCCCCGCGCCUGACAACACUCCUUGCCCCUCUACCCGUCCCCUGUUUUACCAGGUGCUCGACGCGGCCGCGCUGCAGGGCGACUUCUAUCUGAACCUGGUGGAUUGGUCGUCCGCUAACGCGCUCACUGCACUCCUCGUCACCUCUUCAUCCUCCCCCUUCCUCCUUCCCCAUCAUCAGGUCCUCGACGCGCCAGCACUGCAGGACGAUUUCUAUCUGAACCUGGUCGACUGGUCAUCCACCAACGUGCUCGCCGUGGGGCUCGGCUCGUGCGUCUACCUCUGGAGCGCCGCUAGCAGCAAGGUGAUUACAUGCUGCCAGCAAAGCAGCAAGGUACUUAGCAGCUCUGCCAGCAAGGUCGUUAACGUGCUCGCCGUGGGGCUCGGCUCGUGCGUCUACCUCUGGAGCGCCGCUAGCAGCAAGGUAGUUAAAUUUAGAUACCUGAAGCCGGCACUCCGUCGUCGUCGCGAUCGCCGCCAGCUGGACGGCUCAGAAGCACUCCCUUCUCAAUCCCACCCCGCACGCCCCUUCCCUUCCACGCGCCCUUUACCUUGCGCGCGUGUCCCAUUCUGCGCGCCCCUCUGCUUGCGCCCACCCCGCGCAGGUGACAACUCUGGUGGAGUGGGCCCGAUCGACGCCGUGACGAAGCUGGUGGACGUGGGCCCCAGCGACGCUGUGUGCUCUGUGAGCUGGACGCAGCGCGGCACGCUGCUGGCCGUCGGGACCAACAACGGUCACGUGCAGGUGUGUGGUGGACACGUGAAGGGGAGUGGGGAGCAUGUGACGGGGUGUGGGGGGCACGUGCAUGUGGAUUUGGGCGCGUUGGGGCGCGUUGGGGUGUGGGACGUGGUGAAGGGGCGUCGGGUGCGGUCCAUGGGCGGGCACAGGGUGCGAGUGGGAGCCAUGGCGUGGGCGGCGAACGUGCUCGCCACAGGCAGCCGCGACCGCAGCGUGCUGCAGCGGGACGUGCGCUCUCCUGUGGACUUUGUUGCUCGACUCACUGCUCACAGGAGCGAAGUGUGCGGGCUCAAAUGGUCGCCUGACGACAGAGAGCUGGCUUCCGGGGGCAAUGACAACCAGGUGUGUAUUUGUGGUGGGUUCAGGGGCAGCAUAGGGUGCAGUGUGGUGCAGAGGGACGAAGUGACUCCUGAUUUGGAGUGUGCUAACGUCACGGCAGCCGGUGGUGCGAUUCAUGCAGCACCAGGCGACAGUCAAGGCCAUCGCCUGGUCGCCGCACCAGCACGUUUCGUCUACCACCCCUCAACACGCCCCUCCCUUGUGUUCUUUUGUCUCCCCUCCCUCCUCCCUGCCCCGUUCUCCCUCUUACAGCUGCUAAUCUGGAGUGUGCUCACCUCACAACAACCAGUGGUGCGGUUCACGCAGCACCAGGCAGCAGUGAAGGCCAUCGCCUGGUCGCCGCACCAGCACGGCCUGCUCGCGUCGGGAGGCGGUACGGCAGAUCGCUGCAUUCGCUUCUGGAACACCGCCACUGCCACGCCUCUGCGCACCGCUACUGCCCCGCCCUGGUCGUAUGUCGACACUGGUAGCCAGGGCCCAGUUGGGAACCUGACUGGAUCGAUCUCUCUUCCCUUCACGUGGCUGUGUGUGUCUCUCUCAUCGUGCCUACCUUCCAUUCUCGCCCUCCCCUCCACUCAUUCGCACUCCUUUCCACCCAUCAGCACUUCCCUCCACCCAUUGCUGGCCACCCUAACCGGCCACACCAUGCGGGUGCUCUUCCUCGCUGUGUCACCGGACGGCCAGGUGCGUCUUCUAGCGGUCUGGUAG